AUGUUACCGGGAAGCAGCAACAGAGACAGAUUGAGUGCUAAAGCUUCUGUCCCGGGGCCGGACGGCUUUGUUUGCCCCAGCUUGGCUAAUCGCAUCCCCGCGCAACGACAUUCCGCCCCUUACCGUUCUCGCUCAGUCUUUGCAACGGCUGGGGAGGCAGUCGUAGAAGCGAAGCCUAUCGCCACGCCGACCAUAAAAGACGAGAUUGGGCCCCUUCUCAAAGAUUUGAUGGAAUGGCCCACCCAAGAGCGCUUAUGUAAUAUGGGAACUCAUGGCUGGAAACAAUCCUUCCUUAUGGUUUUGAUAUCCGGUAGGAAUAAUCAGAAUAAAAGUCCAGGAAUAAGCAUACAUAAGCGGCCCCUUUAUUUUAUCUCACCGGUGACAUCGGCGAAAGAAAGAAGGCUACCGCGGGACCCUGGGGCCUCCAUCAACGUGAUGCCACUGCGGGCCCUAGCCGAUCUAGGAAUUCCUUACUACGAGCCGGCUAAGUCAGACCAAGGUUACUAUUCCGGGGUACAAUGCCGACUCGCAAAGAGCCAUCGGCAAGAUUCGUCUCUUGUGUGUGCGGAUCUGAAGACUGAGGUCACUUCUUACGUGAUUGACGGUGACACCUCCUAA